AUGAAGCAAUCAAAUGUCGAUCUGUUGCUUCUUCUGCUAGCGAUCGUCGUUCUCGCGACGCCUGCAUACUCCGAUCUGGUUCUAUCCAAAGUCGAACGUCGUAUCGAUGUGACGUCACAGAUUGCUCGCGUUACCAAGACCCUUAAGGUCGUAAACUCUGGCUCUGAAUCAGUCUCCGAGUUCAUUUUAACCUUCCCUAAGUUUCUUGGCAACAACUUAGCAUAUCUAUCAGUUGCACAAAGCGAAGGAAAAGGGAAAUCUAAACGCACUUUAGCCAAUCUCUCCGUGGAAGCAGCUAAUCCAAAAGACAUACCCGAUUCGAUCAGCGUUUACUCAGUCGCAUUACCAAAACCACUCGAUAAAGGAGACACCUUGACGUUGGACGUAAUCGCUGCAUUCACCAACGUUCUUCAGCCUUUUCCUGAGAAGAUAAGUCAAGGCGAUAGCCAUCUCGUUAUGCUCCAAGAAAGCGCACAGUAUCUCUCUCCUUACGCUGUCGAGUCUCAGUCCUUGUCUAUCAAGCUACCGAGUGCGAGAAUCCAGUCUUACACCAAUCUCGACAGUACAACGAAGCUCCAGGGGUCAGAGCUUAAAUAUGGACCGUACAAGAAUCUGCCAGAGUAUUCUUACUCUCCGAUUGUUGUCCACUUUGAAAGCAAGGCUGCGUUUGCUGUGGCUGAGAAGCUUGUGAGAGAGAUUGAAGUGUCUCAUUGGGGGAACGUGCAGGUCACGGAGCAUUACAAUCUCGUUCACCGAGGAGCUCAGCUUAAGGGAGAGUUUUCAAGGUUAGACUUUCAAGCCAGACCUAAUCCCAAAGGAGAAUCUGCGUUUAGGCAUUUACUUGCUAGAUUACCACCGAGAGCACAUUCCAUAUAUUACAGAGAUGAUAUUGGCAAUAUCUCCACGUCUCAGAUGCAAAGUGAUUCCAAAAAGACAGAGGUUCUACUUGAGCCACGGUUUCCAUUGUUUGGUGGGUGGAAAACAUUCUUCACCAUAGGUUAUGGUUUGCCACUUAGUGACUUUUUGUUUGCAUCGGAAGGGAAACGUUUCCUUGACAUCUCCUUUGGCUCUCCUAUGCUUGACCUUGUCACUGAUAAACUUAUCGUACAGGUUGUCUUACCAGAGGGUUCCAAGGAUAUAUCAGUUAAGACUCCAUUCGCUGUCAAGCAGUCACAAGAGAUCAAAUACUCACACUUAGAUAUAGCUGGUAGACCAGUUGUUGUGCUGGAAAAGGACAACGUUGUCCCAGAUCACAAUCAGAACAUCCAGGUAUACUACAAGUUCAGCAACAUUCAUCUGCUGAGUGAGCCAUUGAUGUUAAUCUCUGGAUUUUUUGUUCUGUUCAUCACUUGCAUCAUAUACACACGAGCUGACUUCUCAAUCUCCAAGUCCUCUGCUUCGUACUUAGCCAAACUCCAAUGGGAUGAGGUCCUAGCAACACUCCAGGAGAUUCAAAGUAUCAUCCAAAAAUGCUUAGCGGCACAUGACAAGCUCGAAGCAUCGUUGCGUGAUCUCUCAAGAACCGGUGACAUUCAAACCUGCAAAGCAGCUCGCAAAUCCACUGACAGUUUACUGAAAGAUCUUUCGAAAGAAGUGAAACCUUUGAUGGCUUUCUUACAAUCUUCUCAAUCAGCCUCUCAUAUCUCUCCAAAGGUCGAAGAGCUAGUCGCUAAAGAGAAAGAACUUCAAGAGAAGUUGAUGGCCAAACAUACCACUGUCGUUGAAGGGUACGAGAAGAAAUCCUCAGGGCGUGAUAUCGAACUCAGGAUAGCUUCUCAACAGCAGAAAAUCGCAGCUUUAAGGCAAGAAGUUGAAGAUCUUCUAGAAUUCAUUGACGAGAUCUAG